AUGACUUUGGUGAUACACAAUCGGUCAAAGCCGACGCCCCGACAUACCAUAGAGAGAGCCCUGAGGGAGCGCCAGCGAAGCGCGUCGGACAGAGUCCUUAGCAGGGCACCGGUAGACGAGUCCCCCUUGCGCACCAUCGCUUCACGCACGGCUGAUGGGUCACUGGACUCGGCACAUUCGACGUGUGCCACGAGCGAUACACGCAGGAAAGACGGCGAAGAAAACGACAUGCAACCGCGGGAGAAAGAAAUGCAUCGAAAACAAGGCGAACGCGGAGAGAGCUGUCAGGGGCACGUUACGAAUGCGAGCGCGGCGCGCCUAAACCGAGCGAGCAAUCAUUACCAGGCCAUUUAUUCGGCAAAUUGCCUCCAUCGAUACCCGCACGCGGUUCCGACGCGACGAAUAAUUCCCAUUAUUUCCUUGGCCCGCGACGCGCCCGGUGACGGAACCGACCGCAUACAUUUGUACGGUAAACAGAUCCCGAGCUAUGGAUAG